UUUACGCAAAUUCCCACAGUCGAUAUUUUAUUGGUCAUUAUUUUACAUGUCUUAGUUUUGUCUUUGUCUUCACUGUGGCGCAUUGUGGAGAUGAUUUUGAAGAACUGCCUUGACCUAAAAUUCCGUCGCUUCCUUACUUUAAUCGGCCUAGACGCCACUGCUCGGAUCGCGCGCGCGAUCUAGCUUUGUGUUCUGUUCGACACUGACUUUCGGCUUAAACCGGUUCUCCCGUCUUUCGUAUAUACGCUCGUUCGUCCACGUCACUCCGGAGAGCGUAUCCUUUAACGGGACGAACACCGGGAUUUCGUGGAUUCAUAGAGUCGUGCGUGUAAUCGCGAUUACCGCGUACUCGCUACUUCACUGGCUCUUCUCUCUUUGCGGACAUGUUGAGGACUCGUGAUUUUUGACCCCAAUCAGUCCCUGCAUCCAACACGCUUUUUUCUUAACCAGUACCGGAUUUGAUAUAUUCGCUAUGUAUUCGGAUUGUUUUCUUCGAGUAAUUUUUCGCGAACUACAGUCGAUCAUUCGUUUCCUGUUUUCGCGAUAUCAAUUCGCGGUCUUAUCUUACUUUUAAAAAAGUUUUCUUACUUUUAAAGAAAAUAAGUGUUUUAUGAUUUUAGUGAUUAAUGUUUGUGAGAGAUUUGCAUUAUUUUGAUAAAGCGACUGGUGUUAAUGUUGUUUAAGAACAUAUUAGUGGAAUUUUGUUUUAUUUAUAUUUACGUUAAUGUGUGUAGUUGAACAAAAUUUGCAGUGUUCAAUAAAGAACAAUGUUGAUGUGCUUUAAUAUGCAAUUGGUAAUACGAUUGCAAAAUCGUGUGUGUUCUGUAAAUAAUUUAAUAACCAUGCGAAAAUAUAGUUGCGUGAUUGAGUGUUGAAUAAAGGCGAGUCGUGUUCGCCAUUAUAAUACAACGCAAUGGAUUUUCAAAAGGGGAUUUACUGCAUGUUCUUUUAUCAUACCAAUAUUAUUGACACAAUAUGACAAUAGAUAUGACGAUCUUUGUUGUCUUAGUGAAGCAAAUAUUUAAUAUUUUCUACAUCUCGAAGAAAAUUCCUUCGUAUUCUCAAUAAGCGGAGCGAUGGGAUUGCUCCAAGAAUAUUCUGUAACGGAACUAAUUAUUAUACCUGAGUUAGCGAUCGCGGGUACUACAACGAAAAUGAACCCGAGCGAAGAUCCAGAGACUUCUGAAGAGCGUAAAUGGGAGAGGUGACGUAUCACCUAGUGAUGCGUAAACGACGUGGAUUGGGUAGUGCCUUACUGGGCCUUGUUGUGGGAUUGAUUCUUGGUUUUCUGAUUCUGAGCUACCGCCUAGUCGUCACGAAUCAGCAGCAACAGGUUACCAUCUGGACUUCUAUGCCUGGAUUACGAUCGCUGCCGAGAGCGUUGGCUCAGAACAUACCGGAGCUGAAAGAUAACGAGAUCAACAGCUCGAGCUCGAAUCUGGUGUUUGUAGGUGUGAUGACGGCUGAAAAGUACUUAGAUACGCGGGCGAAAGCUGUCUAUGAAACGUGGGGCAGGGAAUUACCCGGUAAGAUCGCCUUCUUCUCGUCGGAAUCUUCGACAGUCCCGGAAAAUUGCCCGGAUCUACCGCUGGUGCCACUUCCACGAGUGGACGAUACAUAUCCACCGCAGAAAAAGUCCUUCAUGAUGCUGCAAUACAUGUGGAAUAACUUUGGCGAUCGCUUUGAAUGGUUUUUGAGAGCGGAUGAUGAUGUGUAUGUGAGAACAGACCGUUUGGAGACGUUGCUGAGAUCUGUUGACUCCAGAAGAGCGAUGUAUAUCGGACAGGCAGGCAGAGGAAAUUCAGAAGAGUUUGGAUUGCUGUCGUUGGAAUAUGACGAGAAUUUCUGCAUGGGUGGUCCGGGAGUGGUGCUGUCCAGGGAAACGCUAAGAAGAAUUGUGCCACACAUCAAGUACUGUCUGCGGCAUUUGUAUACCACACAUGAAGAUGUCGAGCUAGGCAGAUGCGUGAAGAAAUAUGCAGGCAUUCCUUGCACUUGGAGCUAUGAGAUGCAAUCCAUUCUUUAUCACAACAGCAGCGGGGCUCAGGCGUUCACCGGAAAUCUCAAGAGAAAAGAAGUUCAUCGUGCCAUUACUUUGCAUCCUGUGAAAAGUCCGCCUCACAUGUACAGACUGCACAAUUACAUGAGGGGAUUACGAAUACAAGAUCUACAGCAAGAAAGAAUUCACUUGCACAGAGACAUUUACACAAUGGCCCAGGAAUUGGGAGUCAGCCUUGAAACCUUAAAAAAUUACGAAAUAGCGGAAGGCAUGCGUCUUUUUCCGGUCAAUCCUAAUUCCGAAGAUUAUCCCGGCGACACGGACAUUCUAGGUGUGCCUGCCAGUCUGCGUUCAUUUAAACCGGCUAUAAGCGACGAAGUGAUCUCGUGGGACUUUCUCUCAAAACUAGAAUACAGUUUGAUAGACUCUAAUCCAAGGCGACGUAUUCACAGCGAUAUCAAAGAAGGUCUGGAAGAUAUUACCAGAGAGGUCAUGGCUUCUAUAAAUUCCUACUCGAGGCAGCGCGGCCGCGUUGUUGAAGAACGAUCGGCUCUUUACGGAUACAGAAGGGUGAAUUCUUAUGGGGCUGAUACGAUAUUGGAUCUUUUAUUAGUCUAUCGGAAGUAUCGCGGCAGAAAAGUAACGCUUCCUGUCAGGCGACACGUUUAUCUUCAUCAACACUUUACCGGAUUAGAGAUACGUGAGACAGUAAACGGCGUCGAGAUUAACUCUCAGAAAUCAGAUAAUAUACCUAUUCACAGUUUAUUUCACGGUGGCUUCCUGAAUCUCAACUUCAAUUCUCAAGAGGAAGAUUUUGUACGAAGCAAGACUAUCAACUUUAUUUUGCCUUUGUCAGGUCGCUAUGAAAUUUUCCAAAGGUUUCUUCAAAAUUACGAAGAUAUCUGUUUGAGUAACGGUGAGAAAACGUCUCUGCUCGUCGUGCUGUAUCAGAAUAAAAACACCUUCAACAAAACGAUAGAUCUGAUCAAGCAGUUCAAGUACAAAUAUCGUAGCGCCAGUCUAGACAUUUUACCGGUUUCCGGAAAGUUUUCCCGAGCCAGAGCAUUGGACUUGGGCGUGUCAAAACUGCAGGUCAACGAUCUGAUGCUAUUCAUCGACGUAGACAUCGUGUUCACAAAUUCAGCAUUGAACAGAAUUCGUCUGAACACGCUAUUAGGCCAGCGAAUGUAUUUUCCGAUUGUCUUCAGUCAGUACAAUCCCAAAGUUGUCUACAGCGAGACCAAGAGACAGGACAAGCCAUUUAUCAUAAAUGAGAUUUCCGGACAUUGGAGACAAUACGGCUUUGGAAUUGUUUCUCUGUACAAGAAGGACUACCAUACUGUUGGUGGUCUGGAUCUCUCAAUCCAAGGAUGGGGUAAGGAGGACGUGGAGUUCUUUGAGAAAGCGGUUAAGUCCGGUUUUGACGUCUUCCGAGCCGCAGAUAGACAUCUGGUGCAUGUGUAUCACGAGAUAGAGUGCAGCAAGGAGCUUUCCAGCCUUCAAUAUUUCAUGUGCAUGGGAUCUAAGGCUGAUACAUACGCUAGCGUCGAGACCCUGGCUGAUAUAAUCUACGAAAAUCCGGAUAUAUUGCAUUUCGCCAAAGAAAAGAGACAAAAGAUAACCAAUUCUGCUGGUUGAUCAAUCUUGCUAAAGAUGAAAAUUAUCGGCUGUUGAAAAUAUAGUUGCUAAAACGCGAUAUAAUUUAUUACAAAUUAAGAGAUGCGAAUAAAAAAUUAAUGCUUUAUUCUGUUACGCACGUCUCUGUUGAUAUCGGCUUUGUUAGUUGUGAAAUAUGAUAUAUGCAUAAUAUAUACAUAUAUAUUGACGAAUGGACUAUCGAAACACUCUAACUUUGGUGCCAAUACAUCUUGCUAUUUAUGUCUUGUAAAUAUGAAGCGUGAUUAUACGUGAAACAAACAACACGAGACAACAAAUAAAAAAUUAAUGCAAUCUGACAUAUAUUGUAUGAUUAAAUAUGUAUAUAUACAUAUAUCAAAAUUUUAAUACCAAUAACACUACAUUUUUUAAGUUUUUAUUGUGAUUUAUAAGCAUCCCAUACAGAAGAAAAACUCCAUUAGACGUCUAUUAGACGUCCACAGCUCCAUGCGACAUUUAAUAGAUGUCUAAUGGAUGUUUGGAUGGAUGGAUGUCUGUGUGGGAUAUCAUAUUGACGUAAUAAUUUUCGAAAACAGAUCUGAUGGAAAUUGAUGGAGAUCACCAAAGUCACUACAAGCAUAUAUCAGUAGAUUUCUAAAUUUAAUGUUAAGGUCAUAUAUUUGGUUUUAGUAGUUCAUAUAAUGAGAUCAUUAUCCACCGCCCAAUAAUUUUUUUAUUGGAUCCAACAAAUUAAUAAAAGUUGUAAUAUGUAAUCGAUAAUUUUCUGUGUGACUAGUAUUUAGGUAUCCGUAAUAAACAUAAUAUAUAUUGUAUAUAUAUAUAUAAACUUGC